UUUUCCACCUUCAAUUCAGAAGUACACUCAUCAUCAUCAUCUUCUUCAUCUUUCUGGCAAAACUCUCUUUAAUUUUCUGAAUCACAUAUGGCUGCAUCUCCUCUCCCCCUUAUCAUAAUCUCUGCCUAGCCAAAACUUGCAGCCUAAAUAGAGUAAACAAAAUUAACAAAGGAGAUCAUCAGAGAUGGGAAGAUCACCUUGCUGUGACAAAAACAAUGUGAAGAGAGGGCCAUGGUCUGCAGAAGAAGAUGCCAAGUUAAAGGCAUUCAUUGAGCAGCAUGGCACUUGUGGCAAUUGGAUUUCUUUGCCACAAAAAAUUGGGCUUAAGAGAUGUGGGAAGAGUUGUCGUCUUAGAUGGCUGAACUAUCUCCGUCCAAAUCUCAAGCAUGGAGGAUUCUCAGAAGAAGAAGAUAAAAUAAUCUGCAGCCUCUACAUAAGCAUUGGGAGCAGAUGGUCUAUAAUUGCAGCACAGCUCCCUGGAAGAACUGAUAAUGACAUAAAGAAUUACUGGAACACUAAGCUCAAGAAGAAGCUCUUUGGCAAGCAGGUCAAUGACCAUGGCCACAGCCUUAGGGCUAACCAAAGGUCAAACCUGCAGCCAGAAAUGGUCUCGUGUGGGCCCGCGUCCUCGUCCCCGAGUAAUAUAAAUAUUUAUCAAAAUCCUAGUUGUCACGAACUAGUACCGGUUGCGAUGCAACCGGUCCCAUACCCGAAGGAAGAGCCGGGUUUCAAGGACCCUGCUCAUCUGACAGAUACUUUACCCGUUGUCAACUCUAUUUUAUCAAGUACAGGUAUGGAGGAUUGUUUGAUCAAUCAAAUGGUGUACAACGUUAAUCCGCAAAACUUGGAGGGUGUCGAGUUCUUGUGUGACAACAUAUUCUAUAAUUGGAAAGUGGGGAGUAGUAGUAGCACUGCAGGAGGCAUGGAUUGGAAUGAGAUUAAUGAGAUGCAGUCUUUGGUGCCAUCCCCUCCUUCUCCUCUAGCUUCGAGUUACGAAGGUCUUGAACCAACCGGGAAACAAUGUGCAUACUUCAAGACAUAACUAGUUGAAUUAUGGGAUUUGUACAUUAGUUGUUAAUUGCUGUUUGCUUUAAAAAAAUUUAAGGUGUCAUUUGAAAUUCGUGUCAAUUUGUACUAGGUACAACUAUGUAUAUAUACAUGAUUGUAUUAGAGACUAUUGAAAGUAAUUACUAAUAGGAUACAAUCAUAUAUGAUAUACAUGAUUGUACCGGAUACAGUUGACACUGCUUCUGAUCAACAUUACAUAAGUUAUUUGGCAGUUGUAGAAUUGGAUUGUUAAUCAUUGUGGAAACCCUAAAUAAAUUGUUCAUCGGUAUGUUCAUUUUCUCUUCAAUAACUUGAAUAAUUUAGAGACAAUUAGAGCUAUAUAUAUAAUUGUCCUUUUUGUAAUGGAAUAACGUUUCAAUUCAUUAGUAUUAUGUUAAUUAUAUUACAUGAGUUUCGUUUGUCUAGUUUAUUCAAUUCUAGUGGUGAA